CUCCCUAGUCGGGAUCCCCUGGGUGGAACCAUGCGGGUGGCCAAAUGGCUGACGGGGCUGCUGUACCAGCUCUCGCUGUUCAUCACCAAGUCUUGUGAACUUCAUUUUCACCCCAGACAAGAAGCCCUGGUGAAGACACUGGCCUCCUACGAAGUGGUGACCCCCGCGCGGAUCAAUGAGUUCGGAGAAGUAUUUCCUCAGAGCCGCCACUUCAGCCGGAAGAAACGCAGUUCCGAGGCUCCGGAACCCGCGCCGUUCAGGACCCUCUACAGCAUCAGCGCCUAUGGGCAGCUCUUCCAGCUGAACCUGAGCGCGGAUGCGGCCUUUUUGGCCGCCGGCUACAGCGAGGUGCACUUGGGGACCCCCGCGCACCAGGUCCAGGAGCGCAGCUCAGCGCCCCCGGACCUACGCCACUGCUUCUACCGUGGCCAGGUCAACUCGCGGGAAGAUCACACGGCGGUCUUCAGCUUGUGUGGAGGACUG